GGUGAAGCUGUGCUUAACAAAAGCUAUGUGCUAGGCUCCCUAAUUGUUUAAGAAGACACCGCAACUAUAUUUUCCUUACAGCCUAUUCCUCUCUAGUUUCUUUCAUCGUCUUCUCCUUCAAAAUCUUCCGUCUCAAGCCUCACGCUCGUUGUGCUGCCAGCAUCCCUUUAAAAUCAUAGCAUCAACGCCCAUGAAGUGUAUAACUUCAGUUCGUAUACGAAGACAUCUUCAACCCACCCUCCGUUCUCUCCAUUCCCAAACCCGCACCUACGCAGCCGUCAGCAAUGUCCCCCUUCCAACCUUCAGCGCCAUCAAUCCCCCAACCGCCUGGACACGCAACCUCGCCGAAAGCGCUCUCAUCAUCAAGCAACCCGAGCUCAUCAUAGAACACGGCAUCCGCCACAUCAACCUCAUCCCCAACGACUACCCCCCCUGGGACUGGUCUACGAAACCCCACAACACCACUUGCGCAGACCAACUCUCCACCAUCCUCUCUGGCCUAGACACCUGCCCGGCCAUCUCCGGCAUCACCAUCCACCUCUCCUCCAUCCUCGCCCUCCCCAUCUCCCACAACCCCACCCGGACCCCCUCCUCUGCCUCAACCCCCCACAUCUUCCGCAGCCCAACCACCAUCCUCUCCACCCUUUCCCUCCCGGCCACCUGCACCGACCUCGGCCGCUGGAGCCUCCCCUUCCACCCCCGCAUCUCCAUCAUCGACCCCCCGACCCUAACUCUCCUGCACCACCUCCGCGCCUCCCCAGACAAGCCCACCUUCCUCGCCCGCGUUGCCGCCAGCGGCAACCACGCUCUCCAGGCCGGCGAAUACACCACGGACUUCUACUCCCGCGACCUCCGCUGCGCGCGGCCGCCCCCCGCUUCCCAUGCGUCCACCCGCAUCUCGCUCGGCCCCUACGGCGCAGGCACCGUGUCGCCCGCCUCCGCGGACGAGCUCAGCGUCGACUUCGCGAACGAUCUCGCGAAGAACACGGCGUUCCUCGAGCGCGGGGAGGGGGUGUGGCGGGCGGGCAUGUACGACGCCUUCCGCGAGGAGCGGGGGUGGGUGAGCUCGACGCUGGCGGGGUCGAUGAAGGAGGGGGCGCGGGAGUGGGCGACGAGCGUGGAGAUUAAAGGGAUGCCAGAGGGGAUGACGGGGGAAGAGCUGGAGGGGUUUAGGGCCCGGGUUGGGGAGAUGAUGGAAUGUGGGGAGGAUGAGGAGGUGGUGUUUAUGGGGGAUGAUCUAUCAAUUAGUCCACUCUUCUGUAUAUGUAAUCAAACCAACAACUCUGCCUCAAUCACACUCAGUGUCGAAAGGGAGCAUUCUGCAAACCGUAGCUGCUCAAGAAACUUUCUUGCGAGGAACGCCAAGGCUAGUCGAACUUUAUCAAUCCAAAAUCAAGAGGGACAGCAGCAUCGCAAUAUUAGUGUCUUUUCAUUGUCUGUCAAGUGGUAUUCCACACGUAGCAAGCCGUAUCCAUGCCAUCAUUUCUUGAGCUAG